AUGACAUUGAAACGUUCAUCAGGUGUCUUCUCACAAAGUUCGUUAUUUUCAUCACUCACUUCAGUACUGUAUCGAAUGUUUCACAUACGUUCUAAUCAAAGACGUAAUAUUUUUCUUAAUAUUUUAUCAUUAAUUGGAGCAUAUUGGAUUAUCACAACAUUGAUCUCACUUUCUAAUCAAAAUAUUGGUGGUUAUGUACAGAAACGCGGACUACUGUUAAAAGAACCGGUUGGUCGAGAGUUACAAUUGCAAGAAGAAGGUUAUAUUGCAGUGGACGAUUCUAAACAACAACAACAACAACAACGACAAAUUAGUAAUAACAAAAGUAGAAAUGAAAAUUUACAAAUACUUCGAAUUUAUGGAAAUCUUCCGGAAUUGAUGGCAAAUGAGAAAUUAAAGAAAUUAAAACGAGAAGAUGAAAUUAUUGAGGAAGAUAAUAAUGGAUUAGAAAAGCCUAAUAUUCCACAACCAAAACGUUUCGUUUAUAUGGAAGGUAGUCCAAUUUAUAAACAAGGUGAUCCAAAUCAACCUGGUGAACUUGGUGCUGGUGUAAAAAUUGAUAGAAAGAAAUUAUCACCAGAAGAGCGUAAAUUAUUUGACGAAGGAUUUAAACGAAAUUCUUUUAAUGAAUAUGCAUCAAAUAUGAUUUCGAUACAUCGAUCACUUCCAAAUAAUACUGAUGAAUUAUGUCAAAAAGCAUCUUAUCGAGAUGAUUUACCAGAUACAUCGGUGAUUAUUUGUUUUCAUAAUGAAGCUUGGUCAGUACUUUUGCGCACAGUACAUAGUGUAUUGGAGCGAACACCUGUUCAUCUACUUAAGGAAAUUAUCCUAGUCGAUGAUUUCUCCGAUUUUGAUCAUCUAAAGAAGCCAUUAGAAGAUUAUAUGAGUCAAUUUGGUAAAGUUCGAAUUAUAAGGUUGGAAAAUCGGAUGGGUUUGAUUCGUGCUCGUCUUAGAGGUGCAUCGGUAGCAACCGGCAAAGUAUUAACUUAUUUGGAUUCACACUGUGAAUGCAUGAAUAGAUGGCUUGAACCAUUGCUAGAUCGAAUAGCGCAAAAUUCCACAAAUGUUGUAACACCUGUAAUUGAUACAAUUAAUUUGGAAACAUUACAAUAUCAUUUAUCAAGUCAUCAUCGAUUAAGUGUUGGUGGAUUUAAUUGGGGUCUUGUUUUUAAUUGGCAUUUAUUGCCUGAUCGUGAUUAUCAUGCGAUGAAAUCACGGAUUGAUCCGAUACCAUCACCAACAAUGGCUGGUGGAUUGUUCUCGAUUGAUCGAGAAUAUUUUGAGAAACUUGGUGGUUACGAUCCUGGUUUUGAUAUUUGGGGUAGUGAAAAUCUUGAAAUAUCAUUUAAAAUAUGGAUGUGUGGAGGACGUUUAGAAGUUGUACCAUGUAGUCAUGUUGGUCAUAUUUUUCGUAAAAAAUCACCUUACAAGUGGAGAAGAGGUGUUAAUGUACUACAAAGGAAUAAUAUACGAUUAGCAGAGGUAUGGUUAGAUGAAUAUAAAGAAAUUUAUUACAAUCGAAUCAAUCAUAAGCUGAUAGACUAUGGUGAUAUAUCAGAACGUAAAAAAUUACGUGAACGUUUAAAGUGUCACUCAUUUAAAUGGUACUUGGAUAAUGUAUUUCCAGAUUUAUUUCUACCAUCAGAAGCAAUUGCUAGUGGUGAAAUUCGUAAUCUUGGUAAUCGAAAGUAUUGCGUGGAUCAUGAUGUUGGUCGAAAUGUUGUAAAUGAUAGUGUUAUACCAUAUCCAUGUCAUUUGCAAGGUGGUAAUCAGUUUUGGAUGUUAAGUAAAACAGGUGAAAUACGACGGGAUGAAUUCUGCAUUGAUUAUACGGGUCGUGGUUCACCGGUAACUUAUGAAUGUCAUAAUUCUAAAGGCAAUCAACUUUGGGAAUAUAAUCAUGAGACUGGUCGAUUGUAUCAUCCAAUAUCACGUUAUUGCUUAACAUUAAGUGAUGAUGAUAAGAUGUUAGUGAUGCGAGAUUGUGAUGAUAAGAAUGGACGACAACGAUGGAGGUUUCAACAUUUCAAUGAAACAUUAGCUGCACAAGCAGUUUAA